UGCGUCCAUUAGAUGUGCGGAUAACGACAGUCCAUCGGCCACUGAUGGCCGACCGCCAGAUAGAGGUGGUGUGUGAGGCGGGCGGCUCUCGACCCCCGGCUCUGGUCACGUGGUGGAAGGGAUCCAAACGGUUGGCCCACACGGCCGAAGAGAUCACCAAAAACGAGAACAUCACCGUAAGUACCGUUCAAUUCACGCCUACCGUCGAUGACAACGGAAAGAUACUGUCGUGUCGGGCCGACCACUCAGUACUGCCCGACUCGGCCCUCGAGGACUCGUGGAUUCUCGACAUAUACUUCUUAUUGGGUUGGAUUGACAUUAACGUCAACUCAUUCAUUACGACAAACACACACUCCAACCCAUUCUCNUUGAAUCAAGUGAUGAGACAGGACUCCGGCAAAUACAGGUGCGUCGCCGCCAACGCCGAGGGCGAGGGCGACAGCGAAGACAUACAACUCAAAGUGCUGUACGCGCCGGUGUGUCGGGCGGACCAGCGGACGAUAUACGGUGUGGCCAAACGUGAGCCAAUCAAAGUGCCUUGCGAUGUGGACGCCGACCCGCCACAAGUGACCUUCCGGUGGAGUUUUAACAAUAGUUUCGAAGUGAUUGCUGUGAAAAACUUUGUCACCUCAAAGACCCGGUCGAUCGCGACGUACGCCCCGCGGACUAAGUACGGCUACGGAGAGCUGUACUGUUGGGCGCGUAAUAAGAUUGGCGAACAGUCGGAGCCCUGUGUGUUCGCAGUGAUACCGGCCGGUCCGCCGCAACCGGUCCGCAACUGUCUGGUCGGCAAUCAAAGUACCGACGGUCUGAUCGCUAAGUGCGAGGCCGGCGAAGACGGCGGUCUCGAGCAGACAUUCUUCCUCGAGAUCUACGAGUCCGAGUCGGGCCAACUCCAGUCCAACUGGACGUCGGCGAAGGCGCCAGUGUUUGAGGUGUCGGGUCUGCCCAUUGCCACCAGUUUUGUGUUAGUGCUGUACGCGGCCAACGCUAAGGGCCGCUCCAAUUAUGUCACACUUACCGGUGCCUCAGCCAAGAGUCCCUUUAAGGACGAGUUCACGUUAGGCGCCCUCCAAUUUGGUCUAAAGCCUGUGAUAUAUAUACUGAUAUCAGUGAUCGGUUCGCUUGUGAUAGCGGCGACCGUUAUUAUGAUUAUUUCCAAAGUCAAGUCAAUCCAUCACAAUAAAGGUUGUCGACACAACUCGUUGUCAUCACAAGGAGGGCCGAAGAGUGGCGGCACCGGUGAUGAGGCCAACGCCGAGAACGCCAGGCGUUGCGUCCAAAACGGCAACAUUAGUGGCGCUCAAAGUAAGUCAUCCAUUCAUUUGCUGAAUUAAAUAUUGAUUUCAUAUAAAUUCAAUACAUCUGCCAUUAGAGA